UCUACACUAUCGACAGCACUGAACAUAAUCGAUAGACCCCGCAGCUGUUUACUGCCGAGUGCUCGGUGGGCUCGCGGGUGUCGUCGCUCGCGGAUUUUUCGUUUACCAAUUUUUGGAACAGCUACACUUUCGUCAUCCUCCAUUUCUUCACACAAUGUCGACGGAGGGCGGAGUACCGGGGGAGGGCGGCUCGGACGCGCCCGUCGGAGGGCCGCGCAACCCUCAGCAGAUCGCCGCACAGAAACGAGUCCAACAGUCACAGGCACAGGUCGAUGAGGUGGUGGACAUAAUGCGUACCAACGUUGAGAAGGUGCUGGAGAGGGACCAAAAGCUGUCUGAGCUGGACGACCGGGCAGACGCCCUGCAGCACGGCGCCUCACAGUUCGAGCAGCAAGCCGGCAAGCUGAAGCGCAAGUUCUGGUGGAAGAAUCUGAAGAUGAUGAUAAUCAUGGGGGUAAUCGGUUUGGUAAUAGUUGCCAUUAUCAUAGCCAAGUUCUGGUAACGGGGCUCAGUCAGACAGCCGGGAGCUCUUAGGCGGGCGGUGUGCAGAGGGGUGCGCCGGCGGGGGCGCGGCUCCCCGACCCGCCGCCGCCGCUGCCGCCAGUCGGCCUGGGUCCAGAGGCCGGCCGGCGGCGGCAUCGGCCGCCCCCGCCCCCGCCCGCCCGCCGCCGCCGCCACCGCCGCCGCCCGGAGGCGCGGCUUGCUUCAUCCACCGACGCCGGCAGCAGCCGUGCUGGAGGAGGGGGAGAGAGGGGUGGGAGGAGGGCGUGGCGGCGUCCGUGGCUGGCCGUCCGGCCGUCUCUCGGCUGCCGGCUGGCGGACGGACGGUGUCUGGCUGUCGUGCCGCUAUGCCGGCGAGGUGUCUCCACCGCUCCCCGUGUUUGUCUCAUUAAAUCGCAUCGUCAGUGACAGAGAGGUCGCUUUGUGUAGCUUGCUCGGACAACUAGAGAGGACAUCAGUUUUAUUAUUUUCUUUUUCGUUAUCCCUCCAGCGCAAAAUCCCCGAGCAUGCACACGAGUAGUGUUUUGCGUAGCUUGUAGCGUAGUUGGAUAUUGAGCUGCUGUAUCCGUUCGGUCUAAAGUCGUUGUUCCCUGAUCUCAGUGUUGCCCUGUGAGGAUGUGGGCCCACUCUGGAAUACGGUCUGAAAGUGUGUGGUUGUGUGUGUGGUUGUUUGGAGUAGGAAUGUGUGGAUGUCUGUUACGUGCAUUCCCGCUGAGUUUGGUGAGUUUGAGUCCAGUGGGUGUUGUUGAGCGUGCGGCGACUCCGCCGUGAGUGCCGGUCAGUUUUCACAUCAUGAUCUCACGGGCAUCGCCCGACCAUGGUAAAUGUGAAGUGAGAGUGGAAGGAGUACCCUGUGUCUGUGUUUGGGUAGGCGUGUGUCUGUGGAUGUAGCGCUGUGAAAGAAGAGCACAUGUUUGCUUUUAUGUCGGUGGUCCCUUCGUGGCAAUCGGUCAGUCGUUAUGUGAUCUCAUUUCACCCAGUCAUCGUACUGUCGGUCAGUGUCCCGUCUCUGUAGGUCUGCCGUCUAUUCGUCUAUCUGUCUGUCUCUCUGUAUGUUCGUCUGUCUAUGACUGUAUGUCCGUCUAUCUGUCAGUAUGUGAACGAGUGGCAUGAGAUAUCCGCGUUCUCGUGAGCAUGUCAAAU